CAUGUCAAACACUAAUAUUUGCUGGAUAAUUUAAUCGAAGUGUUUAGCUUAAUUAGCUGGGCUCUUAUUUUUAUUAUACACUCAAUCAAAAUACAAUGUGUUGUGACAAGCUCAAGUGCGGACGAUGCAGCCUGUUAGUGAUGUCAGUGUUGUGAAAAAAUGAAAAUACCCCACUCAUCAUGAUCUUAUUUGUCUUCGUUGUGCUCGUAAGUGUAGUGGAUGGUACGGACAUUAUGAACACAAGACUCCCAGAAGAAACCGCUUUUGUAUCAAAAGUUGAACCUCAUCAGGAAGUUGAACCAUGUAUCUGUGACUGGUAUGACACGACAGAGUAUUACGAACUGGACAUUGAAUGUAAAUGUUCCGGAAAGAAAUUACUACACAUCCCUGCUUAUCUUAACAAAACUUUAACGAAACUAAUUGUGACGGAUUCGGAUAUCAGGUACAUUACAAAGAACGAGUUCAACCCCUACAAGAACAAAUUAAGAGACGUAACCCUGGGUAAUCUCCCCUAUCUGCGAGUGAUUGAAGACGGAAGUUUUGCUGACAUACCUAAUUUAAGAACAUUGUACAUAUCACAUGCUCCUCAACUCAAGUUCCUUCAUGGUUUACUAAUGGGUGUCACCUCGAACAAAUUUUACUCCGUAAGAAUCGUCCAAACUGGCCUUCAUGAAGUGCCGGAUUUCUCACUGCUACCUUCCGAGAACGUCAUGCAACUACUUGAUUUGGAUUUGAAUAAAAUAACGAAAUUAACACGCAACUCGUUAAAAGUAAUAGCGGAACAAGUAACCUUAAAUUACAAUGAAAUCACGGUUGUCGAAGACUUGGCGUUUAACGGCUCACAAAUAGGCAAACUAAACUUGAGAGGCAAUAAAAGACUGACAAAAAUAGAAUCCAAUGGUUUCAAAGGACUGCAAAGUUUGAGAGAAUUAGACUUAUCUGGUACCUCAAUCGAAAAGCUUCCAAUCGUCGGAUUGGGAGAGCUUGAAACUCUUCGCAUCGAAGAUACCCCUUCAAUGAAAGUAAUUCCCAGCAUCUACGAUCUAGAGCACUUAAAGGUGGCAAGACUGACGCAUCCUUUCCAUUGUUGUGCGUUCAAAUAUCCCGAACAACAUGACCCGCAGCGGCAUGCCCAAUAUCAAGAGAAAAUUAAAAAAAUGUGUCAGGAUGGCACGUUUGCAGUUGACACGGGGCAGACUACCGAGCACAAACGGAGAAAGAGGUGGUUUCACGAGGACUACGAUUCCGAGUCGAGUGGCUUGGGCUAUGAAAACAUUGAACGGGUGCCGUCUCCGCCCAAGGACUGGACUCCAAAUUUAGAGCACUUUAAAGGUCAUCCAAAUAGGACUGACCACUCGCACUUAAACCCCUUGCGAGGAAAAACAAUUCAACAUGAAGAGGCGAGACCGAUGGAAGUUGACGAGGACUUUGGGACUUUUCAUGCUAAAUCUGCAGAAAUGACAGGCCGACAGAGUGUAGUUGCGGUUUGUGGAAAUUUGGCGAUCAGAACACCUUCUGUGAAGUGUUAUCCUGAAGCCAAUGCUCUUAACCCUUGUGAAGACAUAAUGGGUUUCUCGUGGCUCAGAAUAUCAGUGUGGUUCGUCGUAGUGUUGGCGGUUGUUGGAAAUCUAACAGUGAUAGUGGUUGUGUUGUUUAGUGGUGGCGAACUGACUGUCAGUAAAUUUUUAAUAUGUAAUCUCGCGUUUGCAGACUUUUGUAUGGGGUUAUAUUUGUUGCUGAUUGCAAGUAUGGAUCUUCAUUCCGUAGGGACUUACUUCAAUUUUGCGUUCGACUGGCAAUACGGUUUCGGUUGCAAACUGGCCGGAUUUCUCACAGUAUUUGCUAGUCAUCUUUCAAUAUUCACACUGGCAGUAAUAACACUGGAACGCUGGUUUGCUAUAACGUACGCCAUCUACUUAACAAGACGUAUUCGACUAGGAUCUGCGACCAAAGCUAUGCUUUUUGGCUGGGCAUAUUCCAUUUUCGUUGCUGCUUUACCCUUGGUGGGUGUAAGCAAUUACAGCAGCACUAGCAUUUGCCUCCCCAUGGAAGUGAACAGAGUAGCAGAUCGAGCCUACCUCUUCUCCAUCAUAAUAGUAAAUGGACUGGCGUUUGCUUUAAUAGUAUUCUGCUAUGUACAGAUUUAUUUAAGUCUCAAUCAAGAUACACGUCACGAAAUGGCGGUAGCAAAGAAAUUUGCGUUACUCGUUUUUACAGAUUUUGCAACUUGGGCCCCGAUCUCAUUUUUCAGCAUUACGGCCCUGGCGGGCUAUCCAUUGAUUGGGGUCACCAAAUCGAAGAUAUUACUAGUAUUCUUCUAUCCUAUUAAUUCUUGUGCUAAUCCGUACCUGUAUGCUGUAAUGACGGCUCAGUACAGGAAAGACUUCUUUCUUCUGCUUUCUAGAUGUGGGCUAUUUAAGAAGAAAGCACGAAAAUACACACUUAAUGGAUCACACCAUUCCCAUCCUAUUCCUUUACUAGCAAGAGCCAAUGGACAGUGCCAAAUAAUCAAAGCGAACCAUACUGAUGAUACAUUAAUUUAGAAUGUUCCAAGCGACGUAAACGCUGUGAUGCUGUAGAGUAAUUAGUUAUUAGAUUUACUUUUGUAAAUAGAUUUUUUACUGUAAGCUUUACAGAUUAUUGAAAUUAGUUGUUAAUUCUCUUGCAUUCCUACUAGCUCAGCUCAAAUGAAGAAUGUUUUGUUGUUAUAACUGUUAGUUAGGUAGACAAUAAAUCUAUAUUUUGUACGGCUGUAUUAAUUACUUUUAUAUUUGUUUUGUAAAUAAAGAACAUUUGAACUUGUCGAAAAAUCUAGUUAAGAAA